CAUUGCAAAACGCAUAUUCAAUCAAAUAAACCUCAAAUAGCAUGUAAGAUAUAAAAAAAACGUGUUGACCAAAUUCAACACUCUCCUUGAAUCCUUACUUGGUGGACGAAACAACAAAAGCGCCACUUGCUGGUGGGAGACCGAUUUUUCGCUCUCUUCUCUCUGUUUAUACAGACAAAUAUCACACGCGCACUAGCACAGUGCACAGGGAGCAUGAGAUUAUGUGACUAUGUAUGUGAUUUGCUACUCGAGGAAUCAAAUGUUCAACCAGUAUCCACUCCAGUCACUGUUUGUGGAGACAUUCAUGGCCAGUUUUAUGACCUAUGUGAACUCUUCAGAACUGGCGGACAAGUUCCAGACACAAACUACAUUUUUAUGGGAGACUUUGUGGACAGGGGAUACUACAGCUUGGAGACAUUCACGUAUCUGCUAGCCUUAAAAGCCAAGUGGCCGGACCGCAUCACGCUUCUACGAGGAAAUCACGAAAGCAGGCAGAUAACACAGGUGUACGGCUUUUACGAUGAGUGCCAAACUAAAUAUGGAAAUGCAAAUGCGUGGCGAUACUGCACUAAAGUGUUUGACAUGCUAACAGUAGCGGCUUUGAUAGACGAGCAGGUCCUUUGUGUGCAUGGUGGUCUUUCACCUGACAUCAAGACCCUGGACCAGAUCCGCACAAUCGAGCGCAACCAAGAGAUUCCCCACAAGGGGGCCUUCUGUGACCUGGUGUGGUCGGACCCAGAGGAUGUGGACACCUGGGCCAUCAGUCCGCGAGGUGCAGGCUGGCUGUUUGGCGCCAAGGUCACUAAUGAGUUUGUUCACAUCAAUAAUCUGAAGCUGAUUUGCCGUGCACACCAGCUGGUCCACGAGGGCUACAAGUUCAUGUUUGACGAGAAGCUGGUGACGGUGUGGUCCGCGCCCAACUACUGUUACCGCUGUGGAAACAUUGCCUCCAUCAUGGUCUUCAAAGACGUGAACACCCGGGAGCCCAAGCUGUUCCGCGCCGUGCCCGACUCAGAGCGGGUCAUCCCUCCCAGAACAACAACACCUUAUUUCCUCUAAUCACAAGAGCCAUUUUGUUCACUCCAAAAAUAGCCCGUUGCCUCUUUCCCUCACCAAUUUCCCGUUUGCUGUCUUAAGGAAGUGGAUAGGUGUAACUAAGAAAUGACAAUACAAUGGCUUCACCUUGGUCUGGUCCAGAACUAACCAUAGCUCUUACCUCUUCAGUGUUUACAGAUCUGAAGGAAUGAGAUGUGUAUAAGCACAAAAAAGCAUAAAAUAUAUUAUAAACAUAUCUUGUGUAAUUUCCAUUGUUGUAUGUUGUUGAAUCAAACAGCUGGCCAUCACGGUCUAGCUGGUGUUGGUGAGGGAAAGUGUCUGGCAGAGAGAUUCACAGUCAAAGUGCGUCUCUAUAUACUAGUGUCAUGAAUACAUUUAAUUUCAAAGCUUUUUUUUGUAAGCUCCCCUAAGCCUCAUUGAAAGGUUGAGCUGUCACUAGUUUGUUUACAUCCGUCUCAUCCCUUUAGAUCUGCAAAAACCUAAGUGAUAGAUGCUUCUGGACUGAAUCUUGUAAUACUUUUAGGGGAUCUAUCUAUAUUUCUUAGUCCUAUCUGGUUUGUUGUCAUCUGCAAAGGUUUAGUGGUUUUGGGACUGGGCUAUUGUCCCCACUGUCAACAAUCCCCUCCCACCCCCAAGCUUCUCCCAACUGAACUUGCAUUUCUCGAUCUGUUAUAUUGAACAUUUUCUUUCUUGAAAUAUCCCACCUCAGUCCUGCCUCAUUCCCUUGAUAGUAUUUGAUGUUGCCAAAUGCAUAUUUGUUUUUGUAGAUUAACAUUGUUGCAUUGGAUGAAUUGACUCAAUAGUACUGUUGGCCCUUCAUUUCAUUUGAAGCCCUAUCUCUAUACUUCACCCCAAUACUCCUGAUUUUAAUUUCUACUCCCUCAAAUUCUAUUUGAUGUGAGUAAAUGGGACACGCUGUUCCUAUUAAAUGUAAUUGUAGCCAACAGUGUAUUUGUAUGAAUGUUUUGCAGCUUUGUGCACAUUCAACGGUCAUUCAUCUACUCUGCUCCUUUAUAGGGAUAUUAUCAUAGGCUGUCACGGAUUGAAUUCCUUGAAUUGCACUGUCUGUCUCAGAAUUCCAUGUUAACUAUUGAAUGGAAUUCAGUGAUGUGAGUUUUAUCGUUCCAACUGGGUCGAUAUUGCAAUUACGCUAAAGGCAUGUCAGACCUGAUACUAUGAACUCUCAGCUGUAAUCUAUAGAAGAAAACAGUUUUGUCCUCAUGUCGUACUAUCUUCACAGAUAUUAUUUCCACAGAAGACAGCAACUUAAGUAUGCUGCUGCUGUUUUUUAAACCAGAUCAGGGUGAUUGGGGAGGGGAUAAGUCUUGGGGACUGUGUGGGCGAUUAGGCUUUUGUACAUUGAAAUAAUUGUAUUGAUUAUUUCUCCUAUUUUUUUCUGAUUUGUUGUAUUUUAUUAUUGUAGACCGCUAUCAACCUACCAAUUGAAAAUAAAAAGCCUUUAACUUAA